GGUUUUUCCAUUUAACCGAUCGUGGGACCUUAGUGUGGAGUUUGCACGUGGUUUUUGAAGAGUCCGGUUUCCGGGGCGCAUGGAGGCAGCUCCGAAGCCGGGCAGCGGGGCUCACGUUAAGGGCCAGGGCAAGAAACAGAAACCAAGACGAUACUGGGAAGGGGGAAAUGAUGAAGCCCAUCCCCUCCCUGACAAGGGAUCCAAAAGGAAGUGGGAGGAGAGGCCCCAGCCUAAGGAUGCCCAAGUACCCAAGAAACCAAAGCAGAUUCGGGAGCCAAGACCAAAGCAGAAGCAGGAACUAAGCUCAAAGCAGACCCAGAAGGUUCUGAGGUCAAAGCAGACCCAGAAGGUUCUAAGGCCAAAGCAGAACCUGAAAGAUUGUAACUCAGAUCAGAAGCAGGAGCUGAAGCCAAAUCAGACAUUAUCUGGGGCUCAGGAUCCAUUUCCAGGACCAGCACCAGUCUCAGAGAAUGCUGUAAAUAAGUUCCGAAGAGGUGGUUCUAAAUUUGUGACGAAGCAACCCCUUAAGCUGGUAACUAAGGAUAAACUCAAGGUAGCUGCCUCAGAAGAGGAGGAAACAAGUGUCCGUGCAGCCCGAGCUGAACUGUUACUUUCUGAGGAGCCUGGGUUUCUGGAGGGAGAGGAUGGAGAAGACACAGCUACAAUCCACCAGUCUGACAUUGUAGAGGCUGUGGACAUUGCAAGUGCUGCUAAGCAUUUUGAUCUGAAUUUGCACCAGUUUGGACCCUACAGACUGAAUUACUCACGGACUGGAAGACACCUUGCCCUGGGUGGCCGGAGAGGUCAUGUGGCCACAUUUGACUGGAUAACAAAAAAAUUAAUGUGUGAAAUCAAUGUGAUGGAGGCUGUGAGGGAUAUACGGUUCUUGCACACUGAGACAUUGUUUGCAGUUGCUCAGAAACGGUGGCUUCACAUUUAUGACAAUCAAGGGAUUGAGCUCCACUGUGUCCGAAGGUGUGACCGUGUCACUCGACUUGAGUUUCUGCCCUUCCACUUCCUUUUGGCCACUGCUUCAGAGACAGGGUUCCUAACUUACUUGGAUGUAUCUGUUGGCAAGAUUGUUGCAUCCCUGAUGGCUCGGGCCGGGCGACUGGAUGUGAUGACCCAGAAUCCCCACAAUGCUGUCAUCCAUCUUGGUCACAGCAAUGGCACUGUGUCCCUCUGGUGUCCAGCCAUGAAAGAACCAGUGGUUAAGAUUCUCUGUCACCGUGGUGGAGUCCGGGCUGUAGCAGUGGAUUCCUCUGGCACGUACAUGGCAACUUCUGGCCUGGACCAUCAGGUGAAAAUAUUUGACCUUCGAGGAAAAUACCAGCCUCUGACAGCUCGGGCACUGCCCCAGGGAGCAGGACACUUGGCAUUCUCCCAGAGAGGCUUGCUGGCUGGAGGCAUGGGGGAUGUGGUGACCAUAUGGAGGGGACAAGGACAGGGUGGCUUUCCCUCCCUCGACCAGCCAUAUUUGACCCAUCGGCCCCAUGGCCACAUCCAUAGCCUUCAGUUUUGCCCCUUUGAGGAUGUGCUUGGGGCAGGCCACAGCAGAGGCUUCACCAGCAUCCUGGUACCUGGGGCUGGGGAACCCAAUUUUGAUGGCCUGGAGAGUAACCCCUAUAGGAGCCGUAAACAACGUCAGGAAUGGGAAGUGAAAGCUCUGAUGGAGAAAAUCCCAGCAGAACUGAUUGGCCUGGAUCCUCGGAAUCUAGGUGAAAUUGAUGUCAUCUCUUUGGAGCAGAAGAAGAAGGAGCGAGUAGAACGACUGGGGUUUGACCCUGAAGCUAAGGCCCCCUUCCAGCCAAAGCAGAAAAAGAAGGGACGGAGCUCAACAGCAAACUUGGUGAAGAGGAAAAUUAAAGUUAAAGACCAGGAACACAGGGAGCAGGUCCGGCAAAGCCUUCAGCAGCAGCAACAGCAACAGAAAAAACUACAAACCUCCCAAUCUACUGGACCCCCGCCUUCUGCUCUGGAUAGAUUUAAACGCUAAGGGAAGCCUCAGCUUCUUGGAUCUUGUGUGUUAGGACAGACUCAGACCCUCCUUGCACUCCUGCCCAAAAGGACCUGGACAUCAGAGUUGCAGGAGCAGGGGUGUCUUAAAGAAAAGCUGUUUUUGAUAUGAUGCCAUGCAUGAGGAUGUCUGUCUUUGCCAGGGAAGCAGCUUUGGGAUUUGGCUAACCUGAUUAACCCAUGUUUCCUCCAGAUGAGUAUACAGUCAUCUCUUAAGGCCAGAGAAAGUACCAUUAUACUCCUUGUCAGACCUAGCUGGGGUGGGGGGUGGGGGAGGGGGAGUCCAACAUGAGGCAAAGGAAAGAGAGUUGAGUUAUGCAGCAAGGCUUUAUUGAGGGAAGGGGGGGGUUAGGGAGAGCAAAGGGGGGGGGGCAGGCAGCAAAUGGUUAGAGGUCUCCACCUGGAUGAAGGGGGCAAUCUUAUAGGAUGGUGGUCUGGGAUGAGGUAACUUGGAUUGUUUCUAUUGGGCAAAGUUGGGGUACUUAUGUGAAGCUUGUUGGCUGGCCCUGAAGGGGUAGGGAGUCCUGGUCUCUGAGGGUGGUAAGUUCUGAGGCCUUAUGGCCAGUUAUACGGGAGGUAUAGGUUUGUCUAGGCCUGACAGGGAAAUCCUAAUGUUCUACCAGAUUUUUCUGUUGUGGCAAUUCUUGUUCCAGGCUCAAGCAGAUUCUGGCGUUAGGAAGGAAAGGAGGGGUUUUAGUCUUGGUAGGGAUUGGGGGAAAGGGAAAAGGGAUUUUGGUCCCAGGAUCUAUCACUCCUCUCUUAUAGAAAUCAAUCCCCUUCUCUGUGUUCUUCACCUACUAUUUUGGGAAGAGGUAGCAAAAGCUUCCCAUUUUUAGAAUAUUUAAAUGGCAGUUUAAUAGUUCUAGAUCCAAUUAAUCCUAGAAUCUGAAUUUGAAAGGCCUGAGAGACCAUAGUGUAACACCUUUUCUGAAAUUAAUCCCUUUUGAGAGUUUCUUAACAUAAGGUCCCAUUCAGCCUGUGCUUGGGCAACUUUCUCAAGGCAGCUCCCAGUUAAACAUCUUGACUUGUUUUAUUUUACCUUAAUGUUAAUUUUUAAAUCUACCCACCUACUACAUGACAGACUAGCCAAAUGGUUCUUAGUAAAAUAUGAAGCCCUAGAUAAGUGUUAAUGAUCAUUUUCAUUGUUCUACAGUCCUACCAUGUUUAUAGUCACUCCCAGCACCAUUGCCGUUUGAACUCCAAAGCCUGAAAAACAGUAAACUGGUCCAUCAUGUUAA